AUGGCUGUGCUUUAUGAUGCAUGGCCGUGCUUACAAUAUGCAAGGCCGUGCUUCCAUUAUGUAAGGCCAUGCUUUGUUGAAGCAUGGCUGUGCUUGUUUCUGAUGCGACUUCAGUUUGAGAAUUCUUGUGAAGUUGGAGUUUUCUCAAAACUUACCAAUGCUUAUUGUUUUAUUCCCAUUGGAGGUUCUGAAAACUUCUGCAGUGCAUUUGAGGCUGUGUUAGCUGAUUUUGUCCCUGUGGUCAAAACCUCCAUUGGUGGCACUGGUAUUCUUGGUAGUCUUUGUGUUGGAAAUAAGAACGGGCUUCUCUUGCCCCAUACCACAACUGACCAAGAACUUCAUCAUUUGAGAAACAGUCUACCUGAUCAAGUUGUUGUUCAGCACAUAGAAGAAAGAUUAUCUGCUCUGGGAAAUUGUAUAUCAUGCAAUGACCAUGUGGCCCUCACACACACUCUGCUAAUUUCAUAUUAUAGAUUGUAGGUUUACUUUCCUAUGCUAAUUUCAUAUACCUAUUCAGGAUUGGAAAUUGAUUUGAAGAGAAACUCAUAUUUGCAUGUAAAGUAUGGUUGCUGAAUAGAGAAGUAGCCAGGCUGUCCCAUAUCGAGUACGUGUCACUUUGAAUCUGAUCACUUAAAAUUUUAGGUUGAGUU